AUACAAUUUCAAUGUUUGUUAGAAAAAAGUUAUUUUAAUUAUUCAAAUGAAUUAACAAUUGAUUUAAUGGUUGAUAAUUGAGACUCAAGAAGAAGGAGAAGACAUGUAUGUAUUGGUAGAGUUGAGUGAUUCCAUACGUAUUCCUCCGCAUCUGUUUGCCAUCAGUCAAAGGGAAGCCAUUUCUGAUGAAUUGAACCGAAAGCUCGCGAAUCGGGUAAUCAUAAACACCGGACUUUGUAUUUGUCUCUUUGACAUCACAUCUAUUGGCAAAUCAUUUCUCCAUCAAAGCGAUGGCGCGACUCAUACCGAAGGUUACCAUCAUUUGUGUCUAACGAAGACUUGA